UGCAGGCGCCUGUGGGCGGUAUCCUCGGCGACGCCGUGUGGCGGCCAGAGCGAGGCCAUGUACCGGGUGCCCGAGUUUUAUGCGAGGAGGAAGCGGUUAGGUGGGCAGACGCCUUACUUAAUGGAUCAGUUGGGAUUGCGAUUAGGGAUGUGGUACUGGAAAGAUGAAACCAGAACUCUUGAAUUCAGAAGGUUUGCCACAGAAGAUUCUGUCCAGUGGCUCCUGAAACAUCACCCUCAUUUUACACCUGCAGUAGAAGUCAAGGAAAAAGGAAAGAAAGGCAAAGCAGUUCACUUUGCAGAAAUUGAUGGUCCAGCUUCAGACAGGUUGACAGAUAAAAGACUUGCUGCAAGAGAUGAUAAGUCAGCUAAAACUUUAGAGAAACGAGGUCAGCAGGGCACCAUUACACUGGAUGAUGUUAAAUUUGUUACUUUGCUUUUGCUACAAGAUACUGAGAUGCAGCGGAUCUGUUCUUUUACAACAUUUAUGAGGAAUAAGAAUCUUGAUAAUUUCCUCAUGGCAUUAUUGUACUACUUAGCUCGUUACUUGGAAAAAAACUCACUGGAAAAGAAACCCAAAAGCUAUAUGGUAGGCCUUGUAGAGAAAAAAGAAAUGGAAUUGGUUUUAAGUGGAUUAGAAGCAGCACAGAGGUACUUGGCGCAGAAGUACUGUAUCCUUGUGCUGGGCUUGGCAAUGCCGGAUAAGCAUCACAUGUGCUGUGGAAAGGAGAAAAUAUCAGAUACACAGAAAGACUGGAAGUUCUUUGAGUCCUUUUACACUUUCUGUACAUAUGUGGCUUGGAUUGUCUUCCGACGUCAACACUUGACAGAGAUUGAAGAAGAAGUAGGGAGACUCUUUCGUACCAAUAUGUUCAACAUUCCUCGCAGGAGGCGUGAAGAUGAGGAAUCAGGAGGGGAAAAGAAACGCAUGACUUUUGUUCAGUUUAGGUAUGACCUUUUGACUUUCCUAUGCUCAAGGAUAUUUCUUUUCUUCCUUUCUUCCUUUCCUUUCAAACCAAAAGAAGGUUGUGCAGAUCUGGGGGUCACAGCUGUCCUGUCCUCCUUGAACAAGCUAGAGAAGUCUAAGAGGAAAACAUCAACAACCAAAAUCACAGUCAGGAAGAAGUGCCUCUAUCUGCAAGUGGAGAUGCAAAUAGAAAAGCAGCCUAACAGCCCGAAGGCAGUGAAGAAACAGCACGCCUGUGUAGAAAUCAACCCCCAGAUCAUCAAAGGCAGGCCCUCUUCUGCAAUCUCUGCUCUCACCUUCGCGGUCCGCGAGUCUGGAGCUCUGCGAGCCUCCAACACACCCUCCCUCCCUAAGGAAUGUGGGCCCGGCUUUCUGGGCCUGUCAGAUCGAGCGCCUACCGCUUCCUCCGCAGUCAAGAGCCAGGACGCUGCCUUCACCCCACCCUCCGCCAGCAUCCAGUUUCAAAGUCACCUGAAAGCCAUUUCCUUCCGCGCCUGCCCCGCCUCUCCCCUCGCAGCAGAUCACCUGGACCUUGCAUUUGCCCAGAGCAGCAUUUUGGGGCGGGCGCUUGUUUGGUUUUAA